ACUCGAAGAAAUCGAAAGUGUUAUUCAUUUUUUACAUAUAUCAAUUUGGAAUCUUUAAACGUUGGAUAGUGCAAACAUUACAUGUCGUCAUGUCGCUGGCCGCAAAGAAAACAAUUGUGUGUCGUCAUGUCUUUGUGAUGUUUAUAUGCCUGGGCCUUUGCCCUCGGUUAUGCAAGGCGGAGAGUGAAACUAUGCAAAAAUACGCAAAUGAAUCGUUGACUGAGGCGCCGAAUUGGUCACAAUUUCUCGAAGAUUAUGUUUUGAGCCAGAGCAGCAGCAGCAGCAGCAGCAGCAGCAGCAGUAGCCAGCGCAUGUCCAAAGAUCUAGCCUAUAUGGGCGGGGAGAUGGGCGGACCCAUUAACUACCAUUCCUCGGCGUACAAACGGCCCGGCAACAACAUUUACAUUACGCGCCGCAUUGGCGAGGCAGUAGAGCUGGAGCCCCAUCUGCGUACGCCGGUUGAUAACCAAGGCCCGAUUGUUAAUCCUCAGUUCCGGCCCAUGACGAACCAAAUGCUGCACCAGCAGCAGCAGCAACAACAGCAGCAGCGCCAGCAGCCCGGUUUCUUGCAACAGCUUUUCGGUUUUGGCGGUUCUGGCGGCGGCGGCAGCGCAAGCAAUGGACCCACAGCUCCACCUCAGGUGCAUAUGCGGCCAGUGCCGCUGCAGCAGCCGCCGCCACACUCGCAACAGCAGCAGCAGCAUUUGGGGCCACAUGGCAGCCAGCCGAACACAUUUCGAGCCGUUUCCGAAAACGAUCUGUAUCUGCUGGGCGCCAUUGAGAAGCUCGUCUAUCGUGUUGAUUAUUUGGAAAGUCGCGUGCGACGUACGGAACAAUUAAUCUAUUAUCUAAUGGCCGGCAACAACCAGAAGGAAGUGCGUGAUCCCUGCCCUGCGAAUUUUACGCGCAUUAGUGACAAUUGCUACUAUAUAAAUAGCCAGCAGCAGGUGAACUGGAAGACGGCCAACACAGCCUGUAAGGGACUCUCUGCGCAUCUGGCCGAAUUCGAGAAGGUGUCCGAGAACGAGGAGAUUAUGGCCUAUUUACUCAAUCAGCCGGCGCAUAGGGGGCGCGAUUACUGGCUAGGUGGUCUCAAUCCGGGUCUUUUGUGGAUUUGGUCUAAUUCCGCGAAGCCCGUCAAUCCGAAUACGAACCUCACAUCAAUAGCCAUGUCGCAAAAGGCUGACAAUUCAACGGCCUCCAAUCUGGUGGACAGCAGCGAGGAAACAACGGACGACAACGAUGUUCUCAACAAUACAGUGCAAAUUGAGGGAAAGGGACGCUGCCUGCGUCUGAGCUACAAUGCGGGCAAGCACAGCUAUGUGUACUACGGUCAGGAUUGUACGUCCAGGCAUUAUUAUAUUUGUGAGUACGAGGACAAGACGCUGGACAAUAAGAUACAGAAGAUAGCGCGUGAUCUAAAGCUCUUUGAUUAAUAAACUAAUAUUUGCUAUGAAU